GGGCACGAGAGCAACCGAUCGCAGAAAUAACACAACCGAUCCAUCAUGUGGCGCGUAUUCGUCUUCGCAGGUCUGCUGAGUGCGGCAGUCCUGGGAGAACCCGUCAACGAAGAUGCCGUCGCCGCUGCUGACAAGCUUAGCCUCGCGUUAAGCGACGUCAGUGGCAGCAGCGACAAGCUCGAGAAAGCUGCCGCCGCCGUUGAAGACACCCCGAGCAAGGACGACAAGGCCAAGAGGUCGCCGAUAGCCGCGACGGCUGUGUACGGCGCUUCGCCCCAACAUCAUGGGCAGUACGUCAUUCGCCACGGUGACGACGCGCCCGAGGUUGGACCGGAGUAUUUGGCCCUGCUGCAGCAGUACUUGGUGGAGCAACCGGAGCCGCAGCACCAGAUCGCCGGUAGGCAGCAGCAUCAACGUACCCACCUGCACCAGCAGCCUGAACGUCACUACCAGAACCAGCCGAUACAGCGCGUCAGGAUAGGCGCACUCCUCGAGCAGGAGUUGGUCAAGCUCAUCGAAAAGCAGCCGGUCCAGCACAAACAGGCGAUACCACUCGACGUUGAGCAGUACCAUGUGGAGACAACGGCACCACGACGUGUGCCUGCCCAGGCGUUGGUCCAACAGCACCAGUACCAGCCCCAACCCCAGCAGCACCAGCAGCAACUCUAUUACCCAGUCGAGGAAGUGCAGAUCCCAGCCAGAGCCCAGCCUCAACAUCACCACCAUCAGAUUCAGCAUCACCAGGCAGCCGCAGCAGCAGCAGCCGCAGCCGCCGCACAGCAGCAUCAACAUCAGCAGCAACAGGUGGUCGUGAGCCACCACCGACAGCAGCAACCGCAGGCACAGGUCCACCAGCAUGUCCAGGUGACGCCCGAGCCCAUUACGAUCCAGCAUCCUGACGAGGUUCAGCAAGUGGUUCGACCCCAGCCGCAGAGUCUGCGCUACCACCAGUCGAUCCCCAUUCAGUACGGCUACGAGGACGAGCAGCAGGUGCAGCAUCAACAGCAGAGCCCCGAGUCGAUCGUCCGAGCCCAGCAGAGCGCCGAGCAGCAGGCCCUGGCCUUCCACAAGAUCGCCCAGGCGGCGCACUACAAGCACCAGGAUGACGCCCUCGAGCAGAUACGGGUGGCGAACGAGAAGCACCGACAGCAGAGCGCUUUGGAGCAGAUCAAGCAGGGCGAGCAAGUGAGCGAGGCCGGACGCCAGGAGCGCGUACAGCCCAAGGACCCGGAAGGCGCCUACAAAGCCCAUCUUAAGGCCCAAGCCACGGCCCUGGUAGCCGAACACAGGAGGGCCCACGAGGCCGCCGAGUACAAAGCCCACGCCGAUGCCAUUCUUAAGCUACAGGCUCAGCAGCAGGCUCAUCUGCGAGCUCAGGAGGAGGCCCACCGCUACGCACUGAACUUCGAGAAGAAUCAGGCUCGUGCCCAGGCCCAGGCUCAGGCGAUCGCCAACGCACAGGCCCUGGCCCUGUACAACGCUCACAAGGCGGCCCGUGCCAAAGCCCAACAGGAGGCCAAACAGGCCGCAAAAGCCCAGCACGACGCGAAAAAGCUCGACCCCGAUAACGCGCCAGUGGUGCAGUACUUGCUGCCGAACAAGGUGCCACUGCCAGCGCCUGAGGAGUACCUGCCAAAGGCAGCCGAGGCACUUCGCGAAUCCGCUCUCCAAGAGAAGCGACUGAAGCAGCAACAAAAGGCUGCGGCAGUAGCCCAACAGCAGCAUCAUCAUCAUCAGCAUCAGCACCAAGCUCAGCCCAUCAAGCACCAGCAGCAACAAAUUUUCGAGAUCGACCCGAAUCUCCUCCGUGGUUUCCCAGCCAAGCUCGAUGAGCAGACGCAGGAGCUGACGUUCCUCGUCGACGCCGACUACUUCCGCAAGAUCCAGGCGCAGCAGCGCGGAGAGGCGAGCGAGCAACAGCCCGCGCGUGCAGUACUGCGGCCCGCGAGCCGCUACCAAUCGAUCGAGGAGGAGCCAGCCCAGCGCCAGCAGCACCAGCACCAGACGGCUCACCGCUACCAGAGCUACCACCACAGCGGCCAGAUCGAUCCCGACAAGAUAGCUCUGCUCGUUCCGGUCGAGCCGCAACAGCCUUGAACGAUUCUAAUCCUCCCCUCCGCUCAGCGAGCCCCGCUUACAUAUCGUUCUUUUCAAUUAUUGCUCGAUUUUGAUUUUUUUUCAAUUAUUAUUGUAUUUGUUUCGUAUUCGACUAUCAUUUUGCAGUAUUUUGAAGCGCACAGUCGCUGCAGACCGUGCCGAUCGUGCAGUGCAUCCGAUUUCUGCACACGGUUUAUAAACGUAUACCACGAUAUGAUAAUCGACGCACACGUAAAAGCUGCAGCUAUAUACGCACUGGCUAUAUUACGAUAUAAUUAAAGGUUAGAUACUUUUUUUUUAAAUGUAUUAUCGUAUUAUAUUGAAUUUUGUUGGUGCGAGUGCGCGCGUAGUUGCCUCCCACCUCUCCUCCCACGUGUUUUCUCGAGUCUCUUUUUUUUAAUAAUAACGAUUAUUAAUUUUGUAAGCCCGCGAUACGUACCUCUAAAUAUGAGUUUCGCGUGCCUCGAGCGCGUUAACGAGCCUUUACCAAUUAUAUUAUAAUACUUAAUGCGUGCAUCUGGUGAAUCGAAUCAGUCGAGUAGUAGUAGUAGAGCAGCAGCGCCCUCGACGUUAUUAAUUAUGUUCGCUCUUUAUUGCCGAGAUUAGAAUGCGAGAGUCCAGCGAAUAGUGUUACGAAUUAAUUUGGCUCACUUCUCCUUUCAAGAAGAGUGUGUAAUUUCGUUUCGACGGUGCGCGCUGAUGGAUAUACAAUUAGAAACGCACCGCUAUACGCUUACUUAGUCACGUUCAUCACAAAGUUGUAUCUCCCGCUGUUUGUGUUUACUUAUUUUAUUCAUAUACAUCCAUGUAUUUUUUAUACCAACAACUUUUUAAUAGCUUGUAAACCAAUUGUCUCAAAUCCUAUCUCUUACACAUGUUACAUUUGUAUUUUGAAAUUUUAUAUAUCGUACCGAGCUUGAUGUCUAUUAUCAUACCUCUGUAAAUAAUGAUAAUAUACAUAAUCUUACAUAUUUUAUAUAUAAAUAUCGUACGAAGCUAAUGAAAUAACUAACUCAUGUGGACGCGUCGACGAAUCGGGCCGGCGUAGGUGAAUUGCACAGCUGCUAGGAUGUACAGGUAGAAAUAAAUACGUAUAAAGGCUGCGACGAAUUUUCGAGUAUUAUAAAAUGUGUUUUGCGGCGGGGCGCGAGCCGGAUCACUGUGAUGCGUCGUCGCGCCUGCAGCCCAAUAGAUAUUGCAGCCGUCGUCGGUACGUGCCUGUGUGUG